AUGGACCCACGGCGACCACCGCGCACCGUCAGCGACCCGAAGGUCCGGCAAGUCGGCUUCUUCGCCGUGCCGGAGCCAAUCUCCUCCUCCCCUCCCGUCUCCAACAUUUCCCCCUCCGGCAACUCCCUCUCUCCGGUCAUGAUCCCCCCGCCACGUCACUCCUCCGACGCCGCCGUCCGUCCCGCUCUCUUACCUCCGGUCGCCUCCCCCGGCCGCCGUGACUCUCACAUCCCCUCCGACCUCUUCCCCGCCUCCUCCCCCUCCGCCGCUUCCUCCUACAACGACGCCGAGUUCGCUUUCUCGCCGGGCCGCCCGCUCCGGUCGAAUCCGGCUCGGACCACUGCGGCUGUGACGACGUCGUCUUCGCUGCCUGGUAGGGGGUUUGAUUCGGCGGCGGCCGUGCAGGCCAGUAGCGUCCCCGCCGCCGGGUUGACGAAGAUUCCGUCUGGCUUUUCUGAGAAAGCUGGAAAUGCAUCAGUGGAAGUGGAAAAUGAGCAAGGCUUGAAUUCGAAGCCACUGAAAGAGAAGACCACAAAAGCCGAGAGGCGCGCAAUGCAGGAGGCUCAGCGAGCAGCUAAGGCGGCUGCGAAAGGUGAAGGAAAGGCAGCUUCUGUUGUUAGUGCUGCAGCAUCGACUACGGUGAAUGUGAAGCCACAUAAGGUUACAAAAUCCCCGACUGUGGCGGCUUCUGAGAAGAAGGGUGGUGGUGGGGAACGUGCAGUGGAGAAAGAAAGGAAGAAAGAGGUCCCUCCUCCACGGAUGCAGUAUGAUGAUAUGAGCCGUGUGGAGAAAGCGAAAAGGCGUUCGGUGGUUAAGCAAACUGAGGCGAGGAACAGGGUUGAGCUGUUUAGGCAUUUGCCUCAGUAUGAGCAUGGGACUCAGCUUCCUGAUCUCGAGUCUAGGUUUUUCCAGCUUGACCCUGUGCAUCCUGCAGUUUAUAAGGUUGGGUUACAGUAUUUAACUGGAGAUAUAUCUGGUGGUAAUGCUCGGUGCAUUGCCAUGCUUCAAGCUUUUCAGGAGGCCAUUAAGGACUACGCGACACCACCUGAGAAAAACCUUAGUAGGGAUUUGACAGCAAAAAUAAGUAGUUAUGUAUCAUUUUUAAUUGAGUGCAGGCCCCUUUCAAUCAGCAUGGGGAAUGCAAUUAGGUUUCUAAAAAGUCGAAUUGCCAAGCUACCUUUGACUCUGUCGGAGUCAGAAGCUAAAGCAUCUCUCCUGUCAGAUAUUGAACAGUUUGUAAGUGAGAAGAUAUUACUUGCAGAUAAGGUGAUAGUCAAGCAUGCAGUAACAAAAAUCAGGGAUGGUGAUGUUCUUCUAACGUAUGGGUCAUCCACUGUAGUUGAAAUGUUACUAGUACAUGCCCAUGAGCUUGGCAAACAAUUUCGUGUAGUGGUAGUCGACUCUCGCCCGAAGCUUGAAGGGCAACGUUUACUUCGUAGGUUGGUGGGAAAGGGAAUUAGCUGUACUUACACUCAUAUCAAUGCUGCUUCGUACAUCAUGCAUGAAGUCACUCGAGUUUUUCUAGGUGCUUCUUCAGUUCUGUCUAAUGGAGCAGUUUAUUCGAGGGUUGGAACUGCUUCUGUUGCUAUGGUAGCUCAUGCUUUCCGUGUUCCCGUAUUAGUAUGCUGCGAGGCAUAUAAGUUUCAUGAAAGGGUACAGCUUGAUUCAAUUUGCUCUAAUGAGCUCGGUGAUCCAGAUGUGAUUUCAAAGGUUCCUGGUAUGGAGGAAAUCAAUUGUUUGAAUAAUCAAGCUAAUUGUGAAAAUCUUCAACCUCUAAAUCUGAUUUAUGACGCGCUGCCUUCCGAUUAUGUAUCAAUGAUCAUCACAGAUUAUGGCAUGGUUCCACCUACAAGUGUACCUGUUAUCGUCCGUGAAUACCGAAGAGAACAGUUAUGGAUGUGAUCACUCAAAGUGCUUCCAUGCCAUGGAAAUUAAUCACAAUAGAUGAAGUCCUCCGGAAAUUUGUAGGCAUGCUGCAACGUAGAGAUUCAGUGUCAGCAGCCUUUAACAUUCAGACAGUGACAAGCUUUUUGUUACCUUUUGUUCUCUCUGACUUGUGACAAACAUUGAUGUCAAUCUGAAUUGCAAAGUUUUGCAUGCUUAAGUUGAGGCAUGUAUAAUUUGAUCACAUGUACCAAUCCUAGGUCAUUCUGAAGUGCUAUCUUCAGCUGUGUAAUACUUCAUGCUUUCUCUUCGGAUUAUUUUUGGAAGCGUACUUGAAAUGUCCAUUUGGAUUUGGUUUCG